AUGAAAGUAGCAUUUGAGGAAGGUCCAGAUCCGUUGGUAGCGGACGAUUGGUUAGAACAAGUUGAAAAGCAUUUUAGGGCAAUAACCGUAACUAAUGAUCAGUUGAUAGUUACAUUAGCCACAUAUAAGUUUAUUGGUAAUGCGGAAGCAUGGUGGAAGACCAUGAAUAGUACGCAUGAUACUGACAGUAUGAGGUGGGAUACAUUCAAGAAUCUUUUCUUUGAUAAGUAUUUCCCACAAACUAAGAGAUGGGAAUUGAGGAUACGGUUUGACGGUCUUGAGCAAGGUGACAUGUCAGUCACGAAGUAUAAGAACAGGUUCACUUUUCUUUCACGUUUCGCUAUAGAUGUGUUAGGGAACGAGGGGGAGAAGACAUGGCGGUUUGUGUUCGGCCUAAAUCAUUCUAUUAGGCCAAGGGUAACGUUUUUGGGGUUAAAGAGUUACUCGGAGGUGGUUACGAGGGUACUGAUGGAAAAAGCAGAAGCUAAAUAUUGGCAAGAAAUGAGUGGUAUUGUGGGCUUUUAG